AACCGACGUCACGUCCAAGCAACCGACGCGACACGCACUGGGUUUCUGUAGAGGGUCCCACAUUGCGGUAGAUAAUAGUCACAAACGCUGAACACUGACGGAGUUUCCUGCCCUGCAGACGCUGCCGCUUUUUACUAAACGCCGGGAUACUGUUGAUUUUUAAGUAAUUUUUAAACAAGAUGAAUUUCGAACAGCCUCCUCCAUACCCAGGCAAUGGCCCAAAUGCUCCAGGCUACCCAGCCCAACAGGGCUACCCUCCUCAGGGUUAUCCUGCACAGGGAUACCCUGUGAACAUGGAGCAGCCUAAUCCAGCUUACCCCAACUACCCUGCGGGACCAAUGGGCCCUGGAGGUCCUUAUCCUGGCCCCGGACAGCCUCCGUAUCAGGGAUAUCCUGGACAACCACAGUUUGGCUGGCAGGGCGGACCCCCUCCUGGACCUAUGUAUGGGGAGGCUCCUAAAAACACAGUGUAUGUGGUGGAAGACAGGAGAAGGGACGACACAGCAGACACAUGCCUGACAGCCUGCUGGACAGCUCUGUGUUGCUGCUGUCUCUGGGACAUGCUGACAUAACGCUAUUCCCCAACCGUUCACCCCCAUUACCCUCUUGCCCCCAUU